AAGGUUAGUGAAUUGGAAGAGUUAAGAUAGAAAUAGCAAUCUUCCUUCUUUGUGUUUCAUUUUCAAUAGUCCACAACUACCAACUACCCUCCAUAUUUCCAACAUUAUACAUUUCAUCUUCUCUCCGGUCAACUCUCUCAAUGAAGCAUAAACCACCUCCCACCACCCAUCACUCCAAAUUCCAUUCUUUUUAAUGAAGAAACCACCUCCCUCCUCCCUCAUCACCAUCAUAUUCAUCACCUUAUUCAUCUUCUCUUUACUACCCUCUUCUCAUGCUUUAGGCUCCGCCACCACCAUCGCCGUCACCGACAACCCCGCCACCGUAUGCGGCAUCAUAACAAGCCAAUCUACACAGCGCAUUGACUGUUACCGUCAAGGAAAAGUCAUCCCCGUUUCCCCCAACGUUUCAUUUUCUUCCAUCUCCGGUGGAAGAACCUUCUUCUGUGGCCUCAGGUCCGGUAACUUCAGUUUACAUUGUUGGGAUACUUCAUCUUCCUUCCAAAGUAAAAGACUUUACGUUAGUGAUUCUGUUUUAUUGGAGAAUCUCGCUGUUGGAGAUUCUCAAGUUUGUGCUACGGUGGUUGGUGUUGGAACGGUUCGAUGUUGGAGAACCAAUUACGGCUUUGAACCAACUGGGUCGGUUCAAUUCGCUUCAAUUUCAUCUGGGUCAAACUUCUCUUGUGGAAUUGUGAAAAACGGUUCACAAGUUCGGUGUUGGGGGGAGAAAGUUGUUGCACAACGGUUACAGAAUGAGUUUCGGAAUAUUUCUAUGUUGAGUAUUGUUGCUGGUGGUUCACAUGUUUGUGGUUUGAAUUCAACUGGUUUUUUGGUUUGUAAAGGAAGUAAUGAAUUUGGACAACUUGAUGUUCCAAAAAGUGAAGCUUUUGAGUUUGCUGAUUUGGCACUUGGUGAUCAACAUAGUUGUGCAAUUAGAAGAUUGAAUGGUUCUGUUGUUUGUUGGGGUGGAAAGGGGAAAUUUUCUGUUAAUUUUAUUCAAGGUGUUUCUUUUGAGUUAAUUGUUUCUGGUUCUAAUUUUAUUUGUGGAUUGUUAACAGCAAAUUUUUCAGUUAUUUGUUGGGGACCUGGUUGGUCUAAUGCUAAUGAAAAUGGUUCUGUUCUUCCUUUGCCACGUAUUCUACCAGGACCUUGUGUUCAAUCUUCUUGUAGUCAAUGUGGUUUAUAUCCUGAUUCUCAAUCUCUAUGUUCUACUUCAACUCACAUUUGCAAGCCAAAUACUUGUGUGACUCAAAUUACAAACCCUCCAUCGUUGAAACCACCAAUGCAACCGCCUCCGCCGCCAUUGUCUCCUCCUCGAUCGUCUCGAUCGAAGACAUUGACAAGGGGGUUAUUGGUGUUUGCAAUUGUUGGAUCAGUUGGAUGUUUUAUUGGUAUCUGCACAAUAGUUUAUUGUUUAUGGAGUGGUGUUUGUUUUGGUAAAAAGAAAGUUCAUAAUUCUGUUCAACCAACAGUCACAAGAGGUAGUAGCAACAGUUCAAGUGGUAGCGCGUCUUCGAUUAAAUCCGCGAUUAUGCGCCAAGGUUCGAGAAUAAUGAGGCGUCAACGAAGUGGUCCAUCAUCAACAAAGCACCAAGAAAGUGCAGAGGAGUUUAGUCUUUCCGAGCUAAUAGCAGCUACCAACAAUUUCGCAUUCGAGAACAAGAUUGGUGCUGGAAGCUUUGGUGUUGUGUAUAGAGGAAAACUAGUUGACGGUCGCGAUGUAGCGAUUAAGAGAGGCGAAACGAGUUUAAAGGUUAAGAAAUUUCAAGAGAAAGAGAGUGCAUUUGAGUCUGAAUUAGCCUUUUUGUCGCGAUUACACCACAAGCAUUUGGUUAGGCUAGUUGGUUUUUGUGAUGAGAAAGAUGAGAGGCUUUUGGUGUAUGAAUACAUGAAAAAUGGUUCAUUGCAUAGUCAUUUGCAUGAUAAGAACAAUGUUGAAAAGAGUAGCAAUGUUUUGAAUUCAUGGAAAAUGAGGAUCAAAAUUGCUUUGGAUGCUGCAAGAGGAAUAGAGUAUCUACAUAACUAUGCAGUUCCUUCAAUAAUACAUAGAGAUAUUAAAUCUUCAAACAUUCUUCUUGAUUCUACUUGGACAGCAAGAGUAUCUGAUUUUGGAUUAUCAUUGAUGAGUCCAGAAUCUGAUACUAAUUACAAACCAACAAAAACAGCAGGAACAGUCGGAUAUAUCGAUCCGGAAUACUAUGGUUUAAAUGUAUUAACAGCAAAGAGUGAUGUAUAUGGACUUGGAGUUGUGUUACUCGAACUAUUAACCGGAAAAAGAGCGAUUUUUAGGCACAGCGAAAAUGGUGGAAAUCCAUUGAGUCUAGUUGAUUUUGCAGUGCCUGCUAUUUUGGCUGGUGAAUUGGUGAAAAUUUUGGACUCGAGAGUUGGAUCGCCAUCGGAGAGUAACGAAUCCGAGGCGGUCGAGUUGAUGGCAUAUACGGCCAUUCAUUGUGUGAAUUUGGAAGGGAAAGAUAGACCAACUAUGGCUGAUAUUGUUGCUAAUUUGGAGAGAGCUUUUGUUAUUUGUGAUGCUGGUAGUAACCAUGAGAUUGAAACCAUUUCAAGUGUUACAAUCACUGUUGUUUCAGAUUGAUAUGUUCCAAAGCCUGAUAAAUUUGUUUAUCUUACAUUCUUUCUCAUUAAUCCUACGGGUGUAUUAUUGGCAUGUAAAUUUAGAAGAAUUUUUAUGAAACUACUAACAUUUAACCACAGAAUAUUUAUUAUA